GCAAGCAGUGCGCAGAAACCUAUUAUUUGCAGUCCCAUACUAGCUACAAAAACACAGGACACUGCUUAGGCUGACUAGAAUUGAAUCAUAUUAAAGUGUCAAAAUGAUUCAACCGAAAACAAGCGAGGCAAUUCGAAGCUCUGUAAGGUCCUCUUUGGUCGCCAGGGGUGAAGACUUCAGUAGAUCCGGACCCGAAUCUUUCAAGGCAAGAACACGCGCCAUCCGAGCCGGCAAUCUGAUCACAUCCCUGGGAGGGCCUGGAGGCGCACAGCAGACCAUGGCCGGCGCACGCAAGGCUCGAGCCCAGGAGAGGGAGGAACUAUCCGCCCUGAACAACCGCUUUGCCUCUUACAUCGAGAAGAUGCGCUCCCUCCAGCAGCGUAACUGCACGCUGGAGGCACAGGUGCUGAAGCUCCAGGCGACGGAGACGACCGCACACACGAAGGCGCUUUACGAGAAGGAGACCAGAGACCUGCGCACGCUGGUGGACGAGCUGUCCGAGGAAAAGGCCAAAAUGGUUCUGGAGAGAAACCAAUGGCGGGAACAGGCAGAGGAGUACAAAAGAAAGUGGGAGGAUGAGGCAGCCUGGCAUGCGGAGCUGAAUACUGAGGUUUCAAAGCUCAAUAAAGACUUGGAUGCUGUAACGCUAGUACGUCUGGACCUGCAGAAUAAGAUUGCUACGAUGCAGCAAGAGAUCGAUUUUAUGGUGGUGGUGCACAAGCAUGAACUGAAGCAAAUUCAGGACCAGUUGAACGAGAGCCUGUCCAUUGCACCUGUUGAUUGGACUCAGGAGGCCGGACGUGACGUCAUUGCUGAACUGUACGACCUGCGCCAGCUAUGCACCGUCUCAACAUGA